AUGGCCCAUAGACUUAUUGUAAAUGUGAUAUUUACCGGUGCUACUGUGUUCGGUAAAGCAUUCACUGAAGCAUACAAACAAGCGGCAAAAGCUACUGCUGCCUCAUCUCAAGCUAAGGCAGCUGGUGCCACAAAAUCUGCAUCAGUAGGAGGAAUUCAACUUGAUGAAGCCUGUAAGAUCUUAAAUUUAGAAAAGAAUGAAAUAAGUCUUGACAAGGUUAACGAAAAGUAUAAUUAUUUGUUUGAUGUGAAUAGUAAGGAGAAGGGUAAUUCGUUUUAUUUACAGAGUAAGGUGUACUAUGCCAUGGAUACAUUGAAGAAGGAGUUGGAGUUUGCAGAGAAGGUGCGGAAAAUGAAAGAGUCUAACCUGGAAGGAGGGAAGGAAGAUGGUGGCACGGCGGCCAAUUGA